AGCCUGACACACCAGACCUGCCUCCGAUGACAUCACCAGAGCCGCUGCUGAACGCGACGCGGGGUUGAGCGCCGCUGCAGUCACGCGCUGUAGGGCGCGAGCGAUGCGGAGCGACGCUUCAGUCAUUCACCCGCACGAUCCGUCCGCGCGCUCACCGGGCACAUACGGCCACGACAUGGAAGAGAGAAGCCGAGGAAAGCGGAGGAAACAGGCGAACCCGCGGAGAAACCAAGGUGAGCCGGAGCGCUGUCUGGGCUCUGAGGGCGAGGAUGAGGGCAGUGUUUGGGGGAUGGAGGUCCUGGACAGCAGAGAUGCUCAGGAUAAAGUCAGUCUGACCCCCAGCGAGGGAACGGAGCCCGGCAGUCCCGUCCCGUGUGCGGAGAUCUGGGCCGACACCGAAAGCACACCGCUGAAAAUCACAGCCGCAGACCCCGAACACUGUCAGACUGAUGCUCGUGUGAUGGACGGCGUGCCGCAUUACAGCUCCGUGGUGCAGCUGAGGAAAGUGUCGCACCUGCAACAGCACAACGGAUCUGUGACCUCGUACCAUUUAGAUGACACUCAGGGUGACAUGUCGCCCGUCUGCUGGUCACCAGGAGAACACGGGUCACCCGAGGGCAAAGACGGUGGAGCCUUGAACCCUGACGCCCCACAGACGCCCGUUCAGACGUGUCCUUACUGCCAGCGGACGUACCAUCAUGAGGCGUCUCUGCGAGAACAUGUGAAGUUCUGUCAGGACAGGGAUGGAGGAGACAGCGUGUGUCCUCUGUGUGGAUACAGUACGCCUCACAGCGCUCAGAUGGAGCACCACUUAACCCUCCACAGCCAGACUCACCAAAAGAGCCCCGUGUCUGAGUCCGGUUUGGAGAACAGGAAGUUCAAGUGUAAUCAGUGUGGAAAGGCCUUUAAAUACAAGCAUCACCUCAAAGAGCACCUGCGCAUUCACAGCGGUGAGAAGCCGUACGAAUGCUCGAGCUGUAAGAAGCGCUUCAGUCACUCGGGCUCCUACAGCUCACACCUCAGCAGCAAGAAGUGCCUUAGCAGCGGCACGCCGGGAAACGGAGCUCAUUAUAACGGCCACGCCCACCCGACGUACCUCUUCCCGUCGCCCACGUCGCCCCCUGCUGUCGGCGGGAGGAACAGCAGCCGAGGGAAGAGAUCUCUGUAUGGGCCGCUGGCUCAGUUCCCGCUGGAGUCGUCCGUUCCCGUCCUGAGCCGGUCGUGGGACCCGGCGGAGGAUCUGGCGCUGAGGGCGGGUGUGUUUAAGGGCACCACGCUGCUGCCGCUGCUACAGUCGCGCAGCAAAUUCGAGCAUCUGCUGCAGGAGAUGCUGCGGAGGGAGGUGGGAGACGAGAAACAAGCAAAGAACAACUCUCGGGUGUACGACACCCAGACGUCGCCCACCGCGCGUCACGCGCCCUAUAGAGAGCUCUCGUCGCCGCAGCGAACAUCCUGGCAUUCUGUGCCGCAGCAGAUCCUCGUGCCUUUACCGCCCCCCGCACAGCUGGAUAACCGCUGGCCGAGCGAAGAAAGCGUCAGUCCGACGUCACCCGCUUUACCUGAACGCCAGCAUCUGAUUGGCUCACGCUUCGGCUCUCCUCCCACGCUGGACCAGUCAUUCAACACAUCGCCAUGGCAACCGAACCAUAUUCAAAGCGAACCUUUAGACUUGUCAAUUCCUAAACUGCAUCCGGUCCAUGUCGCACCACGAAAUCCGGUGUGUAACGGCUACUCGCCGCAUCACGACAGACGCGACGGCGAGAGCGUGUUCAGGAGACUGACUCCGCCCUCCCAGCAGCAUGUGGGCGGGGCUUAUGCGGCGUCGCCGCUGUUCAGCAGCACAGUGUUCAGCAGCUUCCCGCUCUUCAAUCACAUGAUCCCCGCCGGUCUGGGACACAACGGUCUGGCAUCACUUCCUCUCACGCCAACCACGCCAAAUCCGGGCUUCCUGUCUCCAGUGGCGUAUAUGGUGGAGGCGGAGUCAGAAUCAAUGCUGAAGAGAAUACAACACGAAAAACAUUCGAUCAUGGCUGAAGCGCUGAAUCGCGGCGGUCUGGAGUAUCUGUGUCUGAUGGAUGAUGGGAUUGAUGGAGAGAUGGUUCCUGGGAGGAAGAGGCUGAGGAAGACGGAGGAAGGACUGUACGCCUGUGACAGCGACAAAACCUUCCAGAAGAGCAGCUCUCUGCUGCGCCAUAAAUAUGAGCACACAGGGAAGAGACCUCACGAGUGUCAGAUCUGUAAGAAGGCGUUCAAGCACAAGCAUCAUCUGAUUGAACACAGCCGCCUGCACUCCGGAGAGAAGCCGUAUCAGUGCGACAAGUGCGGCAAACGCUUCUCGCACUCGGGCUCAUACUCACAGCACAUGAACCACCGCUACGCCUUCUGCAGCCGCGACAGCGACCCGGACGGAGCCGCGGAGGACGCCGAUCUCUACCGGAGCCCCGUCACGGAGCCACACGCCGGGGCCGAGGCUCCCGCUUCAGCGCUGGAGGACAGCGGCGCGUAUCUGAGCGACUCCAGCACGGAGGAGGAGGAGGAGAACACACUCAGCAGACACGCUUAUGAUGAAGAGAUGCGGACGGAGCCGGUUUCCCUGCAGCUGAAGGACAAACCCACAGACGGAGACCAGCAUCAGGAGAGUCCUGCCGAGAACUGAGUGAGACCAGUGCGUACCACAGCGUCCUCUUUAGUGCUCAAACUGUGACACAUCCAAGCGUUUUUAGGCCUAAACACAGACUUGAUUCAUCUGCGUAAUCCAGAGCUUCCCUCGCUGUGAGAGGCACAAACGGAUCUGCAGCGCUACCAGAUUAAUAAAUCAAUCAAUAAAUGCCAACAAUCUCAGAAAACCUGCCAAAGUCAUAGUUCACAUCAAAAAUAACAAUACAAAUGAAAUAUUAAAUUAUAUUUUGCAUAAAAAUUUUUUUUAAUCAUGACAUUUACGUAAUGCAAUUAUUUAUUUUUAAAUUGCGAAAAG